CUUCCAGUCUGUUUGUAUAGUGCAGUGCUCGAAUUCUGGCUAGUGAGCAGCGCGCGAGUCCUCGUUCUCGUGUGAAGAUGUCGGCAGGGGACAGGAAGACGGCGUGCGUCACCGGAGGGAACGGCUACAUUGCUGCAGCCCUUGUGAAGAUGCUGCUGGAGAAGGGAUACGCCAUCAAGACGACUGUCAGGAACCCCGAUGACAUGGAGAAGAACUCCCACCUCAAGGAAUUGCAGGCGCUUGGCCCCUUGGAGGUCCUCCGCGCCGACUUGAACGAAGAAGGCAGCUUCGACCAAGCGGUUGCCGGCUGCGACUACGCCUUCCUCGUCGCCGCUCCGGUGAACCUCACGUCAGAAAAUCCAGAGAAAGACCAGAUUGAACCCUCUAUCCGAGGCACUCUGAACGUCAUGAGGUCGUGCGCGAAAGCGGGUACGGUGAGGCGCGUGAUCCUCACAUCGGCGGCGUCCUCGGUCUGCAUCAGGCCGCUGGAGGGCGACGGCCAUGUGCUGGACGAGGAGUCCUGGUCCGACCUCAAGUACGUCACAACCGAGAAGCCACCAAGCUGGGGAUACGUCGUCUCGAAGGUGCUCUCGGAGAAGGAAGCGUGCAGGUUCGCGCAAGAGCACGGCAUCAGCCUGGUCACCGUGUGCCCCGUCCUCACCGUGGGCGCAUCGCCGGUAUCAAAGGUGUACGCAAGCGUCCCUGCUAGCCUCGCCAUGUUAUCCGGCGACAACGCAGCGCUCGGUAUGCUAAAAGGCAUCGAGAAGUCCUUCGGCGCGGUGCCGAUGGUUGACCUCGACGAUCUCUGCCGCGCCGAGGUGUUCGUCGCCGAGACGGAGACGGCCUCCGGUAGGUACAUCUGCUGCAGCUUCAGCACGACCGUCGUCGUGAUCGCCCGGUUCCUGGCAGACAAGUACCCGCAGUACAGCGUGAAGACAAAUCUGCUCUCCGGCGAGCUCCUCGAGAAGCCGAGAAUGUGCUUGUCGUCCGCGAAGCUGGUCGGGGAAGGGUUUGAGUUCAAGUACAACACCCUGGAUGAGAUAUACGAAGACGUGAUCGAGUACGGCAAGGCCUUGGGGAUUCUGCCCUACUGAUGUCCCUUGCUUUCUUUAGAAAAUAAGUUCCUGUGGUUACCAUCGGUCGUGAGAUCACCAACAAUAUGCUUGCAAAUCAACUCUGUGCUAUCAGUAUGUUCUGGUUCUGACAACUCAAAAUGUUCUCCAUAAAAUGGCUGCCCUUACUGGGUGAUUUUCUUA